GUUUCUACCCUCACAAAAAUCUUCUCCUCUCUCUCUCUCUUCACCUUUUUCUCUCUCAUGAACAGCCACUCACUACACAGCAUUUCAUUUCGUUUUCUUCUUCUGUACGGAAACACUAGGUUCAUCCUUCCAUCCCUCCCUCCCUCCGACCGUCAUCACCAGCAGAAGAAAGAGGAAUCUAGAGAGAGAGAGAGUCAUGGGGGACAGCUCAAUGGGCGCUCUGGUCCCCACCGUGAAGCCGCCGGAGCCUGCCGGAUCUUCGUCGGAGGCCGUGACUGCACCGCCUCCACCGCCACCUCCGGAGCCGGCACCAGAGGAGCAGGCAGAGGUCCCCGCCGUGGAGGCCGCGGAAACCGGAGUCAGCGAGGUUGACAAGGACUUGCUGUGUCCUAUCUGCAUGCAGAUCAUCAAGGACGCAUUUCUCACGGCUUGUGGCCAUAGCUUCUGCUACAUGUGCAUUGUGACUCAUCUCAACAACAAGAACGAUUGUCCCUGCUGUGGUCACUUCCUCACCACCAACCAUCUCUUCCCUAAUUUUCUCCUCAAUAAGUUUUUAAUGAAGACUUCUGCUCGUCAAAUAGCGAAAACUGCAACUCCUUUUGAACAUCUUCGCCAGGCACUACAGCAGGGUUGUGAAGUGUCAGUUAAGGAGCUAGACAGUCUGAUGUCUCUCCUUGUGGAGAAGAGGAGGAAAAUGGAGCAAGAAGAAGCUGAGACAAAUAUGCAGAUUCUGCUUGAUUUCUUGCAUUGUCUAAGGAAGCAAAAGCUUGAAGAGCUCAACGAGAUACAAACUGAUCUUCAGUACGUUAAGGAGGACAUAAAUGCUGUAGAAAGACACAGAAUAGAUUUAUAUCGAUCAAGGGAAAGAUACUCAGUGAAACUGAGGAUGCUGGCUGAUGAUCCUAUUGCAACAAAAGCAUGGCCUUCAUUGACGGAUAAGCAUAGUAGUGGAAUUAUCUCUAGUGCCCAUAGUACACAAGGCCGGAUGGGUGCAGGUAGUUCACAGAACAAGAAAGCUGAUGUAAAGGCUCAAGUAAGUUCUCAUGGAUUACAAAGAAAAGAGGCUUAUAGUGGGUCAGAUUCACAUGUUACUCAAUCAGGGCUGGUUGUAGCAAGAAAAAGGCGGCUCCAUGCACAGUUCAAUGACCUACAAGAUUGUUACUUGCAAAAACGGAGGCAUUGGGUGCGGCAACAACAUAAACAGGAAGAAAGGGACACAAAUUCUAUUCGAGAAGGUUAUCAUGCAGGUCUUGAGGAUUUCCAAUCUGUGCUAACUACGUUUACGCGAUAUAGUCGGUUGAGAGUCAUUGCAGAACUUAGGCAUGGGGAUCUUUUUCACUCUGCCAAUAUUGUGUCAAGUAUAGAAUUUGAUCGAGACGAUGAAUUGUUUGCUACUGCUGGAGUUUCACGGCGGAUCAAAGUUUUUGAGUUUUCCUCUGUAGUGAAUGAACCAGCAGAUGUGCACUGUCCAGUUGUGGAAAUGUCCACGCGAUCAAAACUUAGUUGCUUGAGUUGGAAUAAGUACACAAAGAACCAUAUAGCUAGCAGUGAUUAUGAAGGGAUAGUAACUGUUUGGGAUGUAACUACUCGUCAGAGUGUGAUGGAAUACGAGGAGCAUGAAAAGCGAGCAUGGAGUGUUGAUUUUUCACGCACUGAACCUUCAAUGCUUGUAUCCGGCAGUGAUGACUGCAAGGUCAAAAUUUGGUGCACAAAGCAGGAAGCUAGCGUUCUUAACAUUGACAUGAAAGCAAAUAUUUGUUCGGUCAAGUAUAAUCCUGGAUCUAGCAUUUACGUCGCAGUGGGUUCUGCAGAUCAUCACAUUCACUAUUAUGACCUGAGAAAUAUCAGCCAACCACUGCAUGUCUUCAGUGGGCAUAGAAAAGCUGUUUCGUAUGUGAAAUUCUUAUCUAACAAUGAACUUGCUUCCGCAUCCACUGACAGCACAUUGCGAUUGUGGGACGUAAAGGAAAAUAUGCCUGUUCGCACAUUUAGAGGGCAUUCAAAUGAGAAGAAUUUUGUGGGUCUCACAGUAAACAGCGAAUACAUUGCCUGUGGCAGUGAAACAAACGAAGUGUUCGCGUAUCACAAGGCCAUCUCCAAACCUGCAGCUUGGCACAGGUUUGGUUCAUCUGAUUUGGAUGAUACUGAUGAUGACAAUGGAUCAUAUUUCAUCAGUGCUGUGUGUUGGAAGAGUGAUAGCCCAACAAUGUUGACUGCAAAUAGCCAAGGAACGAUAAAAGUCCUCGUACUCGCCGCCUGAACGGUAAAAGAGAUAAUAAAAUUAAGAUUAUAUUAUCAACUUUUAGAACUGCACCCCCCUCCCCACCCUCCACAUAAUUUAUGAGGGUAUUUAUUUGUAUAUAAUCAUCAUUCAUAUAGCUUCAUAGCUGCUUACUUCUUGUCAAGGGCUUUAACACAAUCUAGGACUUCAUACUUUUGCCUUUUACUCAACCGAUGAACUGCGGCCUUUGCAAGUGUAUCAUAUGUUACCCAGAGACUCAAAUGUAUUCUAUUUUUGGAAUUUCAACUAGAAUUGUAGACUAAGUUGCCAACAUUUUUCAGGGAAUCAUCACUGUCUUUUGAUUACUGAUAUCCUUAAUGGGAAUGGUGAUUUUCUGAAGUCCUUC